CGCAACACCUCCAACCUCCGCAACAUCUCCAACCUCCGCAACACCUCCAACCUUCGCAACAUCUCCAACCUCCGCAAUAUCUCCAAGAUACGCUCGUUCCUAACCCUGGAAUCCACUAAGCAACUCAUUCACUCCCUUGUUAUAUCUCACCUUGACUAUUGUAACUCCCUCCUCAUUGGCCGACCUCAUCACUUAUCCACCUUACUGUCCUCCACCCCUCUUUGCCAAUCCCUCCAUUGGCUUCCAUUCAGUGUCCUCCACCCCUCUCUGCCAAUCCCUCCACUGGCCUCCACUCGGUGUCCUCCACCCCUCUCUGCCAAUCCCUCCACUGGCCUCCAUUCAGAAUCCUCCACCCCUCUCUGCCAAUCCCUCCACUGGCCUCCAUUCCGUGUCCUACAUCCCUCUCUG